AUGUCGCCAAGAUCUGCUGUUGAUCCUAUAAAACUCUCGUCCAAGAUAGAUACUUUACAUAAACAACAUUUACAUGCUCUUGUCAAGCAAUGUCUUGAUGAAGCACAUAUAUCCUCUGAUCCAUGGCAGUCCAUCAUUGUUAAUAUUGGUUUGAUGACUACUCAAGAUAUUCCAUAUAUUUUAGAUUCGCUUCAGAUCGCCAAAGUCGGAUCCUCAGCAAAUGGUCUACGAUUUGAUUUGCCCAGUUGGUUAGGACACAACUCUUGCAAGGAGACCAAGAUCGAUACCCCAGACUAUUAUUGGCCGAGAUUGCAAUUGUCCUUUCAAUCAUCAUCAAAUUCAAAUAUACUACCAAGCGUCAAACAUGAAACGAAAGGUCUUUAUUAUCACACCAUCACCGUUUGUACAGAGGAUGGUCAACCGUCAGAUUCCGAAUUUAUUUCCUCAUUGGAUUCACUCAAAUACAACUUGCACAAUGUUUGUGAUGGCGGAGAAUCAAUUCAUGGUCAGAUUCGUGGCCAAAUAAUUCUACGUGGAAAUUCAAAGGAUCUUUGCAAAUUGGUACCAUUAAUGGAGCUGGUGGUAUACGUUGCAUGCCACCAGAAUCUAGAGGUUUUACUGCUCCAAGACAUGCGCAUGCCGCAUAUGAUAUUCAAUACUACUACUUCAUCUGUUGACGGAACAUGCAAGCCUGUAUCAAAUACUACUAAUGUGGCCAAUACAGGUAUGGUUGGAUCUAUAAAACCAAGCAUGUGGAAAUGGAUAUGGCAAAAACGCUGUCAAUCUCAAUCUUCACAAACGAAUUUCAAUCAAGCAACCGAUCUAGUAUCCACUUUGAUUGUUCCCAACUCACAGCAAUCCAAAUUGAUUUCGUGGCGUAUCUGGCCAUUUGACAGCUCUAAACAAUAUAGGCAUACUUUUGAAUCUGUGGCUGAUGAGCAAAUCUCACGUUCAGAUACUUUUAUCAAGCCCACAAAUCAGUUUGAUCAAGCCAUUCAGCAUAUCGAACAAACUAUUUUGAGUUCUUCUCCAGGCGUUGUAUUUCCUUCACCGCCAAUCUUGGUUCAUCUUCGCGACCAUGAGUCUGAUCAAGAUAUAGAUACACCACAAACAUACACACACUCUACAACACCACCAAGUACUCCAGAUCGCUUGGUGCUUUUGAACCGAUCGGUAAACCAUGAUUUUAUAAAUCAAUUGAUGUGCAAAUCUGAAUCAGUAACUGCAAGUCAUCUUAAGAUUGCACCUAAAAGUCCCUUGUCACCUGGUAAAAUUACAGGCAAGCGUAGUUGGAUUUCAACAGACUCCCAAGUAAAACUAUCGUGUUUGAUGAAAAAUAACAAUGCUAUUAGCGGUAUUAUGCGUCACCAAUCGAUUAGUUUUUCGUUUUCGUAUUUUUGCGAUGCUGAAACAGCUAUACCAUGCUAUCCUUCUAAAGUAUACACCAUUAGAUACUAUGACAAACUAUCGAUUGGAUAUCAAGAUUGCACUCUUGGACAGUACAUACAUUUCUUGUGCGUAAAUGCCGACAGAUCUUGUUUGAGUAAUACAUGUCCUCGUGCUAUGGGUCAACAUCGUAUGGCGUAUCAUCACGAUGAAGGAUGCGUUCUUGUCAGUUUGGCGGUAUCAGAUAAUGAAAGGCUAAAUCAUACUGAUUGCAGAAUAUUUUUUUGGACAAGCUGUACUGAAUGCAGCAAGCUUAGUGACGUAACUCCACUGUCCACUGCCAGCUGGUAUUAUUCAUUUGGAAAGUUUUUGGAAUUGAUUUUUUAUCAUCAUUCAUUUAUACCAACUGGAGCUUGCCAACAUAUUUUAUACGAUCGUUCGUAUAUUCGACGUCACUUUCGUUUUGGAAAAUACACUGUUUUAUUCGAGUUUUUUCAUAUGGAUCUAUUUGAAAUACGACUUCCAAAAAUCAAUGUUUAUCAAGACGCUGCUUCUGUUCAACGUAAAGCUGGGACACACCACGUAUCUUAUUUUGAAUUUGAGCCUGAUGAAGAUCAGAUCAAUGCCAUUAGACAAGAUAUUCGCGAGUUUUAUCAAUCUCUGUUUGUUUAUUUAGCUGCUGCAUUACAAAACGUGAAUUCCGAGUCCGUACCGUCUAUCUGGGGCUCCACCGAAACAUCUGAUUGUAUUUUAAAGAAAGGCUUGACCAAUCAACCAAGUUCAAAGGAGCGACUAUCUGAGCUAUUAAAUGAUAUGACAUGUAUGUUUGCUGAUGAGCAGUGUCACUUUCUUGACGCAGCGGUACAUUCAACAGAUAUGAAUGUAUUGAAACGGUUGUUGUGUAAGCGCAUGCAAGAGCGCAUUCUGAGUAUGGAUACUUUACAUAAAGAGUAUCCCAUUCUUUCUACUUGUUGCUUGAGCUGGAAGUUGCCUGAUUAUUAUAUCAACAAGCAUCAUUUGUUGCAUCUUGUUCCCUCAUCAUCUACUAUUGUGCGAGAAAACGAACCAAGCUCAAUUAUAGCAUUUACUUUGAGGUACAGCUCCAAGCCAUUUGUAGAAUAUAUGCGUACAGCAGACUUGGCAAAUUAUUUUCCAGUUAUCAAUGAGUUGGAAGAUCACAUGCAAUUGAAAUUUUCCAGUGAUAAAGAUGCAUGGACAUCUCUCGGCCAAGAUUGCAAGUACAGAAUCAGUCGUGUAUCGAAUAGCCACACAUUAGAUUCUAAAGGAAAGCAUAUCAAUUACGAGUUUGCUGAUUUGCGAACAAGCUUUUCUUGCACGGUAUAUUUUGCUCAAGAGUUUAAUGAUGUUCGAAAAAUGUGUGGUGUUAGUGAGCAGUAUAUAAAAUCAUUGGAAAGAUCUGCUCCAUGGAACGCUUCAGGAGGAAAGUCGGCAGCUUCAUUUUUCAAAACAACAGAUGACCGGUUUAUUAUGAAGGAGCUUUCCUCAAGGUGGAUGUCUAAUGAAAAGGAUAUGCUUUUCAAGUUUAUCCCAAAGUAUUUUGAAUAUCUAGUCAAGUCAGAUCGACAGCCUACUCUGCUGACAAAGAUAUUAGGAUUUUAUACAAUCACAAAAAAGAAUCUUUCAACCGGGCAGACUAGUGUUCUUGAUGUGAUUGUAAUGGAGCAUUUAUUUGCUAAUGUUAAUAUAUCCAGAAAAUUUGAUCUCAAAGGGGUUCCAGAUCGACAUGUUGUACCUCAAAACGUGAAGCGAUAUGGGCCAGUAGAUACACAUGAUCAAGUUAUGUGGGAUGGAGACUGGAACUCUGGACAGUACAGAUCAUUAUUGCGGCUGUUUGCUCAUUCUAAGCGAAUAUUGAUGGAGUCGGUCUAUAACGAUACGGAUUUUCUAUGUCAAGCUCAAGUGAUGGAUUAUUCUUUAUUAGUUGGUGUCAAAAAUGACACCAAAGAGUUGGUGGUUGGGAUUGUUGAUUUUAUUGCAUCGUUCAACUGGUCCAAGAUGCUUGAGAUGCAAGGCAAAACGACACUCCAGUCUACUCUUGGGUCAAGGAAAGCAGUAACAGUGAUUCCGCCUGACCAGUAUCGAGAUCGGUUUCGUGAAGCCAUGGAGCACAAUUUUUUAAUUGUCCCAGACAAAUGGACUGAUAUUGCUCUUCCUGACAACGGGCUUGUACUUCCAAGCGUGUUAUAA